AUUAAAAAAUGCAGUAACUUUUUUUAAACAAUUAGGCAAAACCACAUAUAUUUCUAUCAUGUAUUCCAUGUAUAUUUAUAUUUUUGUAUUAAGAAUCGAUACCAAAAACAAAAGAGUUCUUCUUUACAAGUCAAGCAACAUUGGAAUUCCGUAAACAGAUUAGUAUUUACUAUUUUUACUAUUUUAUGUUACAAUGUUGAAAAAACCUAUGUGAAAUAUUACUAAAACUAGGUUAGGCUGUCAAAUUGGCUAGUUUAGGAGUUUAGGCUCAUGCAAAGGUGGUUGCUGCAAUGGCAAAGACUGAGGAUAAAUUUCUUUUCAAUAAUGUGAAAGAAAAGUUCAUGAAUAUACAAUUGAAAUAUUUCACCAUUAAAAGUCAGUAUGAUGCUUUAAAGAAAGAGUUAAAUUGCGUUAGAGAAGAAUUUAAUUCAGUGAAGAAUGAAUUAAGCAAACUGGAGGGUGAGCAACCUCCUGACAUAAAAGAUGAGGUAGAGGAGGUUAGAGAUGAAAGGGAGAAUAGUAAAUAUCAUGUCAUUGAAGAAGAUGGUGAAAAAUACAUUGUUUUUGAAGAUGAUGAUGAUGAAAGUUUAGAGGAGUUGGAUAUCAGUGACCCUUCCUGUAAUAAAAUAUCUGAAGUUAGCAACAGUGAUAUUACUAAAGCAGGAGCAGGUAAUUCAAUGGAUGAGAAUGGUUUGAAUAAAACUUCAAAGGGUAAGCGUAAAAAAACUAUAGAAAAGAUCUCAGUGUCGGAUUUUAUUGAGGGUGCUGUUUACCCAGAUUUGUCUUCUAAAGAGCCAACACUUUCUAAUGGUGCUGAGUCCAAAAACAUGACUGAGAACAACAUGAUGGGGGAGUUUGAUUCCACGGUUUUGAAAACCGAGAUAGAUGAAAAUGAAAUUCAGACUUUCAAAGCGCACGACAGCAUUGCAAUGUUUAUGAGCUAUUUCAGGAAACCAGUGCGUAAUCGGCAGUUUGAUUGUCAGUAUUGUGACGCUGUGUUCUCAAGUCCAUACAAACUGAAACGGCAUCAGAGUGUGCACACUGGGUUAAAGCCUUACAGGUGUAAUUUCUGUGACAAAACUUUCACUCGUAAAGAUGGCUAUAAUAUACAUAUGAGAAGGCAUAUGGAAAAGGAUGAUUUGGAUGAUAGCCUUGACAGCAAGCCCAAGGCUAAGGCAAGGAAGCCUGGAAGUGACAUGGAAACAGACAACAGCUGCACGGCCUCAAAACAUUCUACAGAUGCUGAUAAUUCAUUCGCUGGGGAGAAACCGUCUGGUGGGAAAAACCUUUCCUCUGGUGAAAUUGAAAACGGUAAGAAACCUGGUCGGAAAAGAAAGAGAGCGCCUUUAAAAUCAAAGGAGUGUGAAAUAUGUGGCAAGGCUUUUCAGGGUAGCUACAGGCUCAGCCGGCAUUUGCUAUCACAUACAGGUGAGAAACCUUUUCAGUGCCCUAUCUGCUCUAGGUGCUACUCGCGUAGGGAUAAGUUAAAACUUCACCUCUUCAAGAUGCAUAUUGGUAAGGAUGAUUACAAUAAACUUUUAAUGGCUAACAUGGGCCAAGAUGAAGACAAUCACUCAAAUAGUAGUUUCAAUUCUAAAAGUAAAUCAGAUGACCUGGUUACCCCAGGGGUGGAUGUUGAUGAUCAAGAGGAGAAUGGUUUAGACAUGCAGGAGGUGGACACGGGGGAUGAAGCUGACACGGAUGAUGUUAUGAAGCAAAAUCCUGAUGCCUCUAUAAAGGUAGUAAAUUCUGCAUCAAAAUUAACACAGGUUCACAAGCGCAAGGCACCAUACAAGUGUGACCAAUGUGGUAAAAUAUUUGGCCACAUGUACAGCUAUAACAGGCACAAGUUAACCCAUUUGGGAAUCAGGCCAUUUGUGUGCCAUGUAUGUGGCCAGAGCUACUCCCACAAAGAUAAGCUUGACGUGCACAUUUCCAGGCAUAACCUUGAUGACUUGGGUCUUGUGGAUAAGCUUUUCAAGUGCAAACUUUGCGGCUUCACGUGCGAUCUAAAGUACAAGAUGAUCAGGCAUAAGAACAACAACUGCAACAAGAACAUGUUCAAAUGUGACCACUGCAGCCACACUUUCAAUACUCAUUUUAACUUGGUCUGCCACAUAGAGAGAAGUCACCUGAAGAUCAAGCAGUUCAAGUGCGAGGACUGCGACUAUUCAUUUUACCACAUGAGAGAUUUAACCCGGCACAGGAAAGUCCAUGGUGGCAAGCCGUAUUGGUGUGCAGAGUGUGGUAAAAAGUUUGUGGAACAGUGUAAGCUCACCAGACAUAUGCGUACACAUUCAAGUGAGAGGCCGUACGCGUGUGAAGUGUGUGAUAAAAGAUUUUUGGAAAGCUCCAAGCUUCGUAGACAUGUACAGAUACAUAGUAAGAAUACUCAAAGUUGAAUGUGUGGUUGGCUUAUAUAGAGUAAGAUGGCUAGAUAUUUAAUUUAUAAGUACUGUGUUAGAUAUAAAUGUGCCACUCUUGGUUUUAGAUUUUUUUGCAAUCAAUAUGAAUUUGAGCUGUACUUAUGUUUGGAUUGUUCUUGCUAAAAAAUAAUUCCUAAUCAUUGUUAGUCAUUACACCUUUUAGAUGGUGAAGCAAUACUUCUGUUGUUGUAACUUGAUGUAUUCUUUUUGAAGUUUUUUGUUAACCUCUAAUGAAGCCUAUGAUUUGAAGUAUUAUACAAAAAGAAACCUUAAGAAAUAAAGAGUUCAUAAUUCUGGUGCUUGUUAAAAUAAUUUCAAGGCAUGAAAUUAUUGGGUUGUUUUUUUUGCAGUAUAACAUCCUAAGUACUUGCCCUGACCUAUACAUCUAACAAACAUCCCAUCAAAAGAAACAGCAAUAAUAUAAUAAUAGCAAAUUUAAUUUGGUAAUGGUUACAAAAUUGGGCACAUUGUUCAUUGUUAUCGUUAAUAAAUUUCACUUUUAAAUUGAUAACAAAAUUUUAAAUUUAAAGAAAAUUCAAAUGUACAAAAUUCACAAAUUUGUAGAAAAAUAUGAUGAAAGAUUUAUGAUAUGACUUUAUUGAUGAGGAUGAAAGAUGGGUGUUUCUUACAGCUUUCUGUGUUUACACAGUGGUAUGUGUACUUUACAUGUCUAGAGAAAAAAACUCGCAAUAAUGAAUGUUCAAUGAAAACAUUUAUCCCACGGAACACGUAUACUUGUUGUGAGUUUUUUUUUCUAUACAAUUAUAGUAUACAUGUUGCAAUUGUAAAUGCAGUGUUUUGUUAAAAUGUAGUUUUUUAUUGCCUCACUAUUGUUGCAUUAUUGUCCUAUUAUUAUUAAUGUUUUAUAAGAACAACAAUUCCUUAAGUUUUACUUGUAUUUUUCUUAUAUCUCAUUUACCUGAACAUAACUGUGGCCCCUUGUAUUUUUUCAAAAUAUUUAAGAUAACUAACUUAUAUUUUAAGUAGUUUUUUCCUUUUGAUUUAAGAUGUUAUUUUGUGUAUUAAUGGAGAGACGUUUUGUCAGUAAUUCCACAUAACACUCUUUAGCCCUGCUACUGCUAGUCAUAAAACAUGUUACCUGUUUAUAAUUUC